AUGCUGCGUUAUGUUGAGGCUUUUCUCAGUGACCGGUGUUUCCGUGUGCGCGUCACCGGUGAACUCAGCGGUCCUCGGGUAGUGUCAGCGGCUCUCGCACGCCUCAUCGACCACAUCCCGCGAGGCACUGCCUAUGGAUUGCGUGCUGCUGUUUACGCCGACGAGGUGGUGCUCUUCUACAGUGGCCCCAGCCUUCGUGGUCAUCAAGUUUGCGAGGGACGCCAGGCUGCCAUUGAUGCAGUGGACGGUUUCAUCACGGGAAUCGGGCUCGAGCUCUACGCCACCAAGCCAGAGGCGAUGCUCGUCCACCCGAAGCACUCGGGACGUUUCGGAGCUGUCCCGAAGCUCGUCCUUCGCGGCCACCGGCUGCUGUGGAAGCGCAGAGUGCGCUAUCUUGGUCUUAACAUCGACCACCGGCUCAGCUGGACGCCCGCGCUGGCUUCCAUUCGCAGCGGCUCGCGCAGGAUUGGCGGCAUGGGCUCCUGCAUCCUCGCCAGUGGCAUGGGCUGCUCCCCGGACAUCGCGCUCCCGUUCUUCAAUGCGGUAGCCUCGACCAGGGUUCUCUACGCGGUCCCGCUCGUCGUGCUACGACCAGCGCAAUGA